AUGUCGGCCUCGUUCGUUCCGCGCCAGGUCUUCAAUGUCGCGGAGAACAUUCCCCGGUCCUAUUUUCUAGGCCAUCAUCGAGCCGGCCUCAUGAAGAUGAAAUCAAUGCUGGACACGGUUGACCACGUUAUCGAAUGCCGUGAUUUUCGCCUUCCGUUUACCUCUAUUAAUCCUUUGUUUGAGCAUGUUUUGGGAAGUAAGCCACGGACGAUAGUUUACACAAAGCGGGAUCUGGCCGGGGAUCGUAAGCUUCCAAUGCAAAAGAUUGAGAAUCAAGUCCUGAGAUGGGACCGCCGAACCUCGAAAGUUUUCAUCAUCGAAAAGUUCGCGAGAGAUUCCCUAAAAGAGUUCAUAAAAUACUUCCGAGCCCUCCCACUCCCGGAAGACAACCUGACCGGAUACAACAUAUUAAUGGUGGGCAUGCCUAACGUGGGCAAAUCCUCCUUCAUCAACCACCUUCGCACCAAGUACCUGGAGCCACGACCGGCGCCCAAGGCGGCCAUCACCGGCGGCCAACCCGGCGUGACGCGGAAGAUCAGCACGCCCAUCAAAAUCCUCGAAAGGAAGCAGUGUCCCAUAUACGUGCUCGACACGCCCGGUGUGUUUGUGCCGUACAUCCACGAUGCAGAGACCAUGGUCAAGCUGGCGGCCUGCGGCAUAAUCAAAGAUUCCCUCGUCAACCACGUCACGAUCGCAGACUACCUCCUGUACCACAUCAACAAGGUCAAGCCGUACGCGUACCGGCGCUACCACGAGCCCACGAAUGAUAUCAUGGAGCUUCUCGAGUGUUUUGCGCGCCAGACCGGCUCUUUUCAAAAGGGCGGGCUUCCCAAUAUCGACGCGGCGGCGCGCAAGUUUCAUGUGUAUUGGCUGCAGGGGAAGUUUCCGCGGUUUGUUCUCGAUGAUGUAUUGAGUAUAAGUACGACUCAGCGCCGCGAGUGGCAGUCGAGGUUCAAAGACAUGUUUAGUGAUGAGCAGAAGCUGGAAGAAAAGGGGCCGACGUCUACUAUAGAACUGGGUUUAUGA